AUGUCACGGUCAUUGCUGGAGGGAUAUGCGUUGCAUAAACGUCUACGAGACGAAUUGCAGCAAGAAGAAGAGCUUCUAGAAGCAUCAACGCUCACCAAUAGUCUUCAGCACAAUGACUACAAGAAGAGAGGCAAUGCCACUAGAGUGGCCUUUGAAAAGGGUACCACCAUGUCGUAUAAGCAGGUAAUGCAAGAAAGGAAUCUUGAACGAGAAGAAAUGAGAUUAGCGAAACAUACGCAAAGUACUGAUAAUAGCAUUGAUAGCAAUGUCGUCCCUCAACCCACACGCAGACGUAAGAGAAGAUGGGACGUUACUCCUGAAGAGUACGAACAGAACAAGCACAAGGAUCAACGAGUGAUUCUGGAAUCCAAACUACUUCAAUCUCUAUUAAAUACCAAGGACAAGGUCCCUGUAAUCAAUGGGAUACCGUUAACAGAUGAAAUACUUGAUAAGAUACUUCCUCCACAAUACACGAAGAUAGCCAUCCCCACGGAGUACUUGACCAAUGAUAGUCAUCCAGAUGUGAUUGCCUUAUCGAAUGACUACUAUAUACCUCCAUCCAUUGAGAAUGCGCUAAUGGAGUCGAAGAACUUGGCUAAAGACUUGCCUGUGGAUGCUCCUGGAAUGGCCGGGGUCCAGUUUUAUAAAGAAGCCGAUAAAAAACAUUUUGCGGCAGUGUUGACGAGUCAGAACAAUGUCGAAGAUGACCAUCACCUUACAGAUGACGCAAAGAAGGAGAAAAGGGUGCUAUCGUUAUUAUUGAAGGUGAAGAAUGGAUCUCAAGUAGUCCGGAAACGGUCACUUAGACAAUUGACCGAUAAUGCCCGGAAGUUUGGACCGGAGGCCCUUUUCAAUGCCAUUUUACCCCUAAUGUUGGAACCAGACCUUGAUGAUCAAGAACGGCAUUUAAUUGUCAAGUUAACCGGCCGUAUAAUGUUCCAACUCGAUGCUUUGGUGGGGCCCUAUACGAGAAAGAUAUUAACGGUGAUCUCACCACUUUUGAUAGAUGAAAACUUCAAUCUAAGAUUGGAAGCAAGAGAUAUCAUUGCUAACUUGUCUAAAGCAGUAGGUCUUGCAACAAUGAUAGCCAAUCUAAGACCGGAUUUGGAUAAUGUCGAUGAAUAUGUACGAAAUUUAACUUCUAGAGUGUUUGCCAUAGUUGCCAAUACCCUUGGACUUGUACAGUUCUUGCCCUUUUUAAGAGCAGUGGUUAAAUCAAGGAAAUCUUGGAUGGCCAGACAUACAGGUAUUAAAAUCAUUCAACAAUUAGGGAUCUUACUCGGUGGAGGUAAUGGGAACUCUAUUCUCCCCUAUCUCAAGAAGCUAAUUGAUGUCAUUCAACCUUGUUUGCAGGAUGAGCAGUUCCAGGUUCGAACCAUUGCUGCGUUGACCAUCUCUCAAUUAGCGGAUAGUGUAUAUCCCUAUGGUGUUGAUGCCUUUGAAGGCAGUUUAGAAGAUCUAUGGCUAGGGUUAAAGAAACAUAGAGGGAAGGGGUUAGCAGGGUUCCUUAGGGCUAUUGGCUCUAUUAUCUCGUUGAUGGAACGAGACCCUUCCUAUGAAGAAUAUUCAAACUAUUAUACAAAGGAAAUUACAAGAACUCUACUGAGAGAAUUCUCUUCUCCAGAUGAAGACAUGAAGAAGACUGUCUUGCUGAUUUUACCUAAACUACCCUUAUCAAAACAGCUUAUCCCUGCUUACCAAAAGGAUAUUAUUGAUCCGUUCCUUAAGAAUUUCUGGAACAGAAGGUUGGCAGGUGACUCUCAGAAACUUUCCAAAUUGGUUGUCGAUGCCACAGUGGGCUUGGGGACGAAGUUUGACUUGCUUGACUUGUUGGAACGCAUCAUUGUGUAUUCUAAGGAUGAAAAUGAAUCACUAAGGUUACUCUGUGUUAGUGCUGUGAAUGCCUUGAUCACAAGUUCUAGCGACACUUUAAUUGGACUAGACUCUCAUUUGGAAUAUACCUUGGUCGAUGGGGUACUAUAUGCUUUCCAAGAACAAACAGUAAGAAGUAAGACGUACUUACAGGCAUUCAAGAGUUUAUUUUUAGCAUUAAAAGAGAGAAUGGGUCCUCAUAUCGAUUCCAUAAUAAGUACAGUGUUGUACCGAGUUAAGAAUAAGAGUCCUGAAGUCCGACAACAGGCCACUGAUUUGAUCGUGAUCAUUGCUCCGGCUAUCAAAUUGUGCAAUCGAGAUGAUGAUACACUAUUAAUGAAACUUGUGCUUGUACUUUAUGAAUCUUUGGGGGAAGUAUAUCCUGAAGUCUUGGGCUCCAUUAUCUCCGCCUUACACACAUGUUUAGAGUGCAUGGACAAAUCAUCGAUGAACAACAUGGAUAACCCGUCUAUUAACCAGCUUCUCCCGACCAUUACACCUAUUUUGAAGAACAGACAGGAGAAGGUUCAAGAAGCAUGUAUUAAAUUGGUUGGUAUGGUUGCUCAGAGAAGUGGAGAGACCAUCAAUGCCAGAGAAUGGAUGAGAAUCUCCUUUGAGAUGCUUGAUAUGUUGAAAUCUUCCAAGAAAAGAAUUCGAAUCGCUGCCAACAGUACCUUUGGGUCCAUUGCUAGAACUAUAGGGCCUCAAGAUGUAUUGGUGAUGCUCUUAAACAAUUUGAGAGUCCAAGAACGUCAAUUAAGAGUUUGUACUGCUGUUGCUAUAGGAAUAGUGGCAGAGACAUGUCUGCCAUAUACGGUGUUACCUGCGUUGAUGAAUGAAUAUAGGAUUCCAGAUAAGAAUAUUCAAAAUGGGAUUUUGAAGUCUUUAAGUUUUCUUUUUGAGUACAUAGAAGGAGAAACUACCAAGGAUUAUCUCUUUGCCAUAUCUCCAUUGAUUGAAGACGCUUUAACCGAUAGAGAUCAAGUUCAUCGUCAAACAGCGGCUACGGUGGUCAAACAUAUUGCUAUGAAUUGUGUGGGGUUACUUUAUGAUGAUUAUGCUGAGGUUCUUGUUCAUUAUUUGAACCUUAUCUUACCCAAUAUCUUUGAGACAUCACCCCAUGUUAUCUUCCGGAUUUUAGAGGCUAUUGAAUCUCUUCGGAUAUCCAUCGGGAUUGGAGUAUUUUCGAACUACUUAUGGAGUGGAUUAUUCCAUCCUGCUAGGAAAGUACGUUCACCCUAUUGGAAGAUGUUGAAUCAAGCUAUAAUUUACAACAGUGAUAGUUUGGUUCCUUAUUAUCCUCGGUUCGAUAAGCUUGAAGGUGGAAAAGACUACAACAUACCUGAAUUGGAUAUUUUCAUUUAA